AUGGUCGAACCAGCGGAGCCGAUUUGGGGUGCCGGAGAUGGAGCUCCCGUCCCAGGUGCGGGUAGGCCUCCCUAUCCCUCGAUGAAAGAAUUGCAGAACAUGGCAGCUUGUUUGAACUUGGGUGAAGAUCCAUCGCUAAAUGAGCUAUUACAUAUCUCCGAAGAUGCCAUCAGCAAGUCCAAAACCCUCGCCCAGCGAGGGAAAUAUGAUUCUGCUCUCGUCUAUUACCUCCGUGCCUCUGAUAUCACUGUCAAUAUGAUUCCCCGCCACCCAGAUUUCACGUAUAUGAAGCAGAAUCACCCAAGAUGGGCGGACCAGUUUGCCAGGCUAAUGAUGCUCGUUGAUUCACAGCACAAGACGAUGGAAGACAUUAAGCGGAAAAUCACAGAAAGCAACAACGCCGCAGGACACUCACGCUCGACGUCAACUCCAUCUUCUGCUCCGCUACGCAUGCCAAGCCCCACCAACUUUCACAGGCAGCCAUUAAACACCACUUCGCAUAGCUCAGGAGGCAGCAGGCCUGCCAGUGAGUCGAUACCUGUGCAGGAUCCCCUUGCUCAGAGACUUGCAGGCUUGAGAAACCAUCGACAUCCAGGCAGCAGCCCAUCGAACGAGGGAGCAAACGGCUCUUCCUACUCUACCAGUAGCACCAAUGGGAACUACUCUACCUACCGGUCACACCUACACUCACAGGCUCAUUCAGGACAGCGCAGUCCUGUGCCUUCGAAACCACUGGGGCCCCGAGAGAUGAACCCAUCUGUCCCGACUGUCCCUCCAAAGGUCCCCAUCUCUGGUGUAGAUGCACCUCUCCCCAGAUACCCAAGCCCUGCCUAUAACCCUAUGUGGACCGUGCCCUCAAUACCAACUCCGAACCCUCCUAGGACAUCCGUCGAAAGCAUACGCAAUACUAUCUACAAACAGACAAACACCGGAGCAACAAACUCCAACAGCAGCCUUAACACCUCUACAGAUAACCCGUACCGCUCGCAAACUCCAAACGGGAUCCGCCCCGAGGCUGAUUCUGGAAACAGAAGCCCGGACAUCUAUGUUGGCCCCACGAUUACUGCUACAAAGCUGGUAGAAUACAUUCGAAAAUAUGAUGUCCUGCUCAUCGACGUUCGGUCACGCGAUCAAUAUGAUGCCGGUCACAUAUAUGCCAAGUCCAUCUUGUGCAUUGAGCCAGUAGUGUUGAAGGAGAACAUAUCUGCAGAAGAGCUUGAGGAUCGGCUGAUUAUCUCACCCGACACAGAACAGUCAUUAUUCAACAGGCGAAACGAAUUUGACCUUAUCGUCUACUAUGACCAAAGCACCGUUGAGCCAACAUAUUUGAUAGGGUCUCCCGCUGGAAGUGCAGUUCCACAUCUGCGAGCUCUCUAUGAUACUUUAUAUGAGUUCAACUUUUAUAAGCCGUUAAAAGGUGGCCGACCUCCAGCUCUUUUAGUUGGUGGUCUAGAUGCAUGGGUUGACUUGGUCGGGCCACAAUCUCUAGCUACGUCCCAAACCAGCGCGAUACUAAGCUCUGUCCGUGCUAGAAGACAAGCGCCUGAUUCCAGCCAGCCUUUGCGCAGAAAUCCUACUGUUAGCGCAAAUUCAAGCUGGGAGGUGAGAAAGAGGAGGCUGCGUGAUUAUAAGCCUCUCAACCCUGAAGAAGAACGAGCCUGGCUCGAAAAGGCGAAGGACGAGGAGAUAGACACCAGCUACGUUGCUGAGGAGGGGGACAUUACUGAAGAACCAGAAGAUAUCGACGGAUCCACUCUACGGCAGACAGCAUCAUUCGUACAUAGUUACGAGGACUUUCUUAGGAGGUUCCCUGAGCCAAACGACAUCCGAGAGUCUAUGGUACAUGCGGGAAAUGCAGUACAAUUUCCACUGUACGACGCUGCAGCCGUACCAGCUCCGUCGAGGCCACCACCCGCCAUUCCUCGACCCAGCUAUAGUGGUGUGGCAGACCGUGGUCAGACGCAACCUCCGCUUGCUCGGCAAUCAUCUGCCCAUAAACAAGCGCUAUACUCUUCCCCCAUAGAUCGACUGAGGCUCCCUCGGACUGGCCUUAUCAACCUGGGCUCAACCUGUUAUAUGAAUUCAAUAAUACAAAGUCUUAGCGCUACUGUCCUCCUUACCAAAUUUUUUGUCGAUAAUCGCUUUCACGCUCAAGUUCAAAAGAACUGGAAAGGCUCGCAAGGCGUCUUGCCGGGCUUGUUCGCAAAUCUGAUACGGUCUUUGUGGAAGAAUGACGUUGAAGUAAUUCGGCCUACAUCAUUCCGGAAAUUUGUUGGUCGAUUGAACACAGAGUGGGCAGGGAGCCAGCAGCAAGACGCAAAGGAGUUCUUUGAUGUCUUAGUUGAUUGUUUACAUGAAGAUCUCAAUCUACGUUGGCAACGCACACCUUUACGGCCAUUGACCUUUGCAGAGGAAAUGCGCCGAGAACAAAUGCCAAUCCACAAGGUAUCGGAAAUCGAAUGGGCCCGAUACUCGCACCGUGAACUAUCGUAUGUGUCCUCCCUUUUUGCUGGACAGCAUGCCAGUCGACUUCGCUGCACCACAUGCCGAAAGACUUCCACGACAUACGAGGCAUUUUAUAGCAUUAGUGUCGAAAUCCCCGUCACAGGAACAGGAGAUAUUUAUCAGUGCCUCAAAAGUUACUGUCAAGAAGAAGUACUCAGUGGUGACGAAGUUUGGAAAUGCCCAUACUGCAAACGAGAGCGAGAAGCCGCAAAACAAAUCAUCCUCACCCGAGCUCCUCGCUUCCUCGUCUUUCAUUUCAAGAGAUUUUCUGCCUCCAGACGGCAACAGGCGCGUAAAAUCCACACGCCGGUUUCUUUCCCGCUUAGCGGCCUCGACAUGACCCCCUUUAUGAUUCAACAUCCUCAACAUUCCCAAUCUUCUCGCCCCGUCUCUCCUCUGCCGGAUGGCAACGACGAUAAACUCGAUUCGAAAUCCAACUCCCAUGCCCCCCUAAAAUCCCAAUCAGCGCUACAGACUAAUGAGCUCGCUACGUCCAGUCCAUAUAUUUAUAACGCCUACGCCGUUGUCCGGCACAUUGGUUCAACUAUGAAUGAAGGACAUUACAUCUCCUUAGUUAGAGAUGAGCAACGCAGAUGUUGGCGGAAAUUUGAUGAUCAACGAGUAACGGAUUUCCAACCGAGUUCUUCCCGUUCUUCACCUGAUAACUUGCAAAACGAGCAGGCAUACCUUGUUUUUUAUGAGCGGGCCCCAGCUAACUAA